AAACCAUAUUAGGUUUCUGAGUGCAUGCGACUUCUCGUUUCUCAGAUAUCAUCUGUGUGAAACCCUGAAUCAUGGCUAAACGCGAGUAUGAAGAGGAGCGACCGGAGUACAGACUGAAGAAAAAGUCGAGAAAAGAAAAGAAUGCUUCGAAGGCUACGGAAAAAUCCGAGGAUAUCGCAGGGCACGAACCGAAAUACGUCCAGUCGCGCGCAUUGAGCGAUUUGCCAGAAUCAGACAUAGAGCACUUUCUUACAGAGAACACAAUCAAAGUGACCGACUCCUCGAAAGAUGCUGCAAAUCUUCGGCCUAUCAUGUCUUUCUCACAUCUUCCUCCCUGCGACGGCAAACUCUACGAUCCCCUUGGUUCUUUCACCUCUCCGACUGCCAUUCAAUCAACAACUUGGCCCUUGCUAUUCGCUGGUCGCGAUGUGAUUGGUAUUGCUGAGACUGGUAGUGGUAAGACCCUCGCUUUCGGAUUGCCAUGCCUCAAGAAGUUACAAGAUUCGAAGAGGAAAUGCAAUAAAAAGCCUUGUCAGCCCAUGGCGGUCAUGAUUUCACCAACUAGGGAGUUGGCUAAACAAAUUCAUGACCAGCUUGUGAAGUUCGCGAAACCACUGGGUGUGGAAGUAACUUGCAUCUUUGGUGGAGUCCCAAAGGAUGAACAGCGCGAAGCUCUGAAGACUGCACCCAUUGUUGUCGCAACCCCGGGUAGACUGAAGGAUCUUCAAAAUGACGGCUCGGUCGAUCUCUCAAAGGUCAAGUACCUUGUUUUGGAUGAAGCCGAUCGUAUGUUGGACAAGGGGUUUGAACAAGAUAUCAAGGACAUCAUCCAUCCCAUGUCAAAGUCAAAACGACAAACUGUGAUGUUCACAGCAACAUGGCCUCCAGUUGUCAGAAAUCUUGCUACCACAUUCAUGAAGACGCCUGUCACUGUUACCAUCGGCGGAGAUCCAUCUGCCGAUCCUCGCGCGAAUACGAGAAUCAAACAGGAGGUUGAGGUCAUACAGCCACAUGAGAAAGAGCCAAGGCUUGUACAGCUACUCAAUCAAAGUCAAAGGGCUCCCAAACCCCCGAAAGUCCUGGUCUUUUGUCUGUAUAAGAAGGAAGCUGUUCGUGUGGAGAGAGUUCUACGGAAUAAGGGUUUUAAGGUUGCAGGAAUACAUGGCGACCUCAGCCAGCAAGAGCGCUUCAAAAGCCUAGAGGCUUUUAAGAGUGGCACUGCUACCGUCCUUGUCGCCACUGAUGUGGCAGCUCGUGGACUUGAUAUCCCUGCUGUCAAACUUGUUAUCAAUGUCACAUUCCCGCUUACGGUCGAAGACUAUGUACAUCGAAUCGGACGAACCGGUCGUGCGGGGGCUGAGGGCCAUGCAAUUACUCUGUUCACUGAAUUGGAUAAGGCUCAAUCUGGAGGGUUGAUCAACGUGCUCAAAGCAGCCAAGCAGGAUGUACCAGAAUCCCUUCUCAAGUUCGGCUCGACGGUCAAGAAGAAGCAACAUGAUGCCUAUGGUGCAUUUUUCAAAGACGUUGACUCGAGCAAAGCAGCAACCAAGAUUGUCUUUGAUGAUUGACAAUGAGACUUUCAACCUCGUUUGUAUUUGCAUCCAGAUCUCAAGAUCUCUUUGACUUUGGUGCAUUGUGCUAGCAAGUAUUUUCUCUCAGUAUACAACCUGGCCGUGUGCAUGAUAAUUAGUGGUCGGGUUCACAAAAGUUCGAAGUUGCAUAGAGACUUACACAAAUAUAAUGUAUAUAGCGCUAUAAAUCAAGGUACC